GUUAGUUGCCCUCGUUCUUAGUUGGCCAGCUGAAGUCGUAGGGGAAGCGAGGGUUAAAGGGUGGCUGCCAUUUCAAGCUCUUGCUAAAUAAGUCCCUCCAGCUUGCAAACUUAUCCAAGGAAAUGCCCGAUUGUGCUUUUGAAGGCGCACAUGUUAGCAGCCGCAGCGUCGAUGAGAAGCAGUCGAGGAUCUCCAUUCUAACUGAAUGGAUUGGCAUGGGGAGAAGCGGACCUCAAAUCACGGCUAAGCGGCAGCUUUGGGACUGUUUAACCUUUACGAUGGUUUUACUUGCUCUGCUGUUUCGGCCAGCUCACUGCCAGCAGUGUCGAAUCCAGCGUUGCAAUGCAGAGUACGUGACGUCUACCUCGCCUGCCAGCGGACUUCAGGAGGAAGUGGCGCUGGAUGUGGACUACUGCAUUGCCCUCCGGGCCUAUGCGCUGUGCACCCGGCGGCAGGCCCGCAGCUGCAGGGGCGACCUGGUCUACCACUCGGCUGUUUUCCGCAUCAAGGAGUUAUUUACUCAGCAUAACUGCUCCAGCGAAGGGCCCACCUCCUCCGCCAAGGUCCCCAGCACGUCUCGGCCGGCCGUGUCGGAGCUCUGCGACUACGAGACCCGGGUCCUGGCGUCGGGCUCGGCCGGUCAACAGAAGAAGUACGCCCACUGCGGAUUAUUCGGAGACCCGCACCUACGGACUUUCCGAGACGAGUUCCAGACCUGCAAGGUGGAAGGGGCGUGGCCUCUGAUCGAUAACCGCUUCCUGUCGGUGCAGGUGACCAACGUCCCAGUUGUCCUUGGCUCCAGCGCAACAGCAACCAGCAAGAUAACAGUGAUCUUCAAGACAUAUCAAGGCUGCACAGAGCAGAAGGUGUAUCAAGCCACCACUGAGGACCUGCCCCUCGCCUUUCAGGAUGGGACUCGGAGCGGCGGUGAGAGCAGCAGCCUGACCAUCGUGGAGAGAGGCGGCAGCUCCGGAGUGGGCCGACAAGUAAGGAUACAGGCCCGCUACAUCGGCACUUCCAUCAUUAUCAGACGCGUGGGCAGCUACCUGACCUUCGCCAUCCGCAUGCCAGAGGACACUCUGGACUUUUCCGAGGACAGCGGCGGUCUGCAGCUGUGCCUGCACGGCUGCCCACGCAACGAGCUAAUCAAAGAGCACACGCUGAGCCACCACGGCCAGCAGCCGCGCCUGCAAGCCACAAACACAGAGCUAGGCCCUCUGCGGCCCCCUCACCAGAUCUACACUGUGGAGCUCGCUACAGCCAAGUGUAGAGAGACUCUGCAGGUGGAGGAUGUGUAUUUUCAGUCCUGUGUUUUUGACUUGCUGACAACAGGAGACCCAGAAUUCUCCAUGGCGGCCUACGGUGCUCUGGAGGAUUUAAAGGCGCUGCCGCCCAGUAAACUGAGGCAGAACUCUCCAAGGACUCCUCGGGUUUUUAAUGGACAGACGCCGGCUGCACCAGCAGUCAACAGCUCCUUGCUGCCACUCCUACUCCUCAGUCUACUGCUGUUGUAAAACCUCAAAAAUCUAAAGUAGAGAACGGACAUAAAGAAGACAUGGAAGCAUUACCAGCUUGAGGAAAGAGUGACUUGAUCAACAAUUUCUGACUGUCUUUGUAUCUUCAUAGGGGGUGGCAGCGAUGCAAUCAGGGUUUUCCGUUUUUCGCUGUUAAAUGAUCUAAGUUCAAAAAGAUGACACAUUUCUGUGGAUUUAUUGCAAUUGAAUCAUUUGAAGAAAAAGAAUGAGUGGAACUAACAUGGUGUUAGUUUCACUUGAACACCAAUUGUUUUACAUAAGAGCUUCUAUGAAAGUAAAAUUCAGAGUUGUAUGAACUGACGUCAAAGUGAUAGAAACAGUUUUUUAUAAAUAUUCCAUUUUCUUGGUCAUGUUCUCAGCUCUUAAACACUCCACCUUGAGCGAAGCUGAAGAUCACUCCAUUCACCAUAUUUCUUGUGGAAGAAGAAUGUUGCUUCCAAAUCCUGUUUAAUCCAGUAGCACUUAAUGUUUUGGCAGCAAUUGUUGAGUAUUUAAUAGUUUUUUUUAUGUCUUUAAUCUGUUGUUCCAGAAAUUGGCAUACAAAUACACAGGAUCCAACAACUGUACAUGGAAAAAACUACCUAUCCUUAAAUAACAGCGAGUGACUUUUCAACACUUCUCAUCUUCUGUGAAACACUCCCUCUUCAAGCUGUUCAGCUUCCAGUUGUAAACAUAAAAAAACAAAUUUUUAUAUAAUAAUAUAUUUAAAGAGUGUAUAUAUGUCUUUUAUAUUGUGUAAAUACUUUGUAUAGAUGUUUUAACUAUAAUAUGUUUUACAUUUGUUUUGUUUAAGUAGGUUACCUUCAGUUAUUGUAAGAAAAGUAAACUAAUAUGUGUUGUGCUGUAUCUUUAACUAUGUAUUAAAGUGGUGGACACUCCA